ACUACUUUAACUUAAAACUUUUAUAUUUUGAUAUAAAAAUAUUUGCAGUCACUCCCACAAAAAAUGUUCAAUCAGUAGCAAUGAAGAAAGUAAAAUCAAAUACCUCGGAAUGUUUAACCGACAAAGAACCGCCGAAAGAAGUUGAGUAUGAUUUAGUACAUAUCAUUUCUAUAAAUCACAAUAAAUCAAAUGAACAUAUUGUCCACUUAACGAACUUGAUGGGUGGUAAAUAUAUAGAACAAGUAGUUUCUAACACACCCGGAAUUUGUUAUGCCUGCAAGCAGCCUAAGGUUAAUCUCAGGAUUGUACCACUUAAUGAUGCGGUAAGCGAAUACCUCAUUCGUAAUCAUAAUAUUGGGUCUGACAGGAAUAAAGAAUAUACUGGUAUAAAAGCAAACAUACAAACUGAAAGCUCCACAUUGUCUGAUGAAGGUCAAAUUGAAGAACUUUCAAUACUCCCAGAGACUGGUAAAAUUUCCCAAUUUCUAGUUGAUAAGAAAGAGAUGCAGAAACUAACAGAAAUUUCUCACGAACCUCAUAAAAAUGCAGAUAUAAUGACGCGGAUGAUUCAACCUGCAAAACAUACUUUGAUGAUGGAAAUUCCGAUUGCUAAUCGAAACGUCGGAAGUAAUACUGCAACAAUUGACCAAUCGAACUCGCUUUACAAUGGAAAGCACUAUAGUUUAGAUUCAGAAAUUGAACUUUUUUCUUCAUCAUAUAUGACAGACAAAUCUCUAACAAAAGAUAACAAAACUAUCAAAGAAAGUUGCUUUCAAAUUGAACAAACGAUGGGAGUCAUAAAUAUGCGCUUAAACAAGACCAUACCAACCACUCUAGAUGUGAAACCUUCCAGGUAUAUAAGGAAAGUUAAGAUAGAUAAUUCAUUUUCAAUAAACGAAAAAAUUAAUAGCACAAAUCCAGGCUACCAAAGCUCAGCUAACAUUAAUAUUGGUUCUAAUGUUCACAUCUAUAGCCCGUUUAAAAAUUAUUGGGAGCAAGAAAUUAUUACAAAAAAUCCAAAAUAUCGAAGUGGUUCAAUAGGAAGCACAACUUCCUCACGAUCGGUCGAAAAAGUUAUAUGUUCGAAGCCAAAAAAAUAUAGGAUUGACUUAAAUUCAAUCUACCACGGCCUAUUUCAGGCUAAAAUAAAAAAGUAUAUAGCAAAUCUACCGAUCUCAACGACGACUAAGACAGAUAAAUCAUUUCAAAAAUCUGGCUGCUAUAUUAAUGAAAUUAAAGUUGGAACAUUAAAGAAACAUCAUUUAUUUUGGGAAAAGAAACUUGGAAACAUUGUACUUGACCCAAAUAACUGUGAUAAGACCACUGAUCCAAAGGAGAAGUUAAGCCGAAAUCUAACCUUGAGAAGUAUUAUUUCACAAACUUUUGAUGUCAACGUUGCAGAAUUGCGCAAAAUAUACCUCCACACAACUAAACAAAUGUCUACGAAUGAUAUAAAGAAUAGUACUGAAACUUUCCUGCGAGUUAUGAGACACUCUACUCUAAAAACUGAGAACCAACAAAUGAGCAGACUUAGUUCCCUUCCAGAGUUUCGGAAAAUUGUUCCCAAAGUGAAAGCAAUUUGUUUUAAAUUUGAAGAGAAAAUUAGACUUUCAGAUAGUUCUGUUGUAACUCAAAACACCUUGGGAAAGCAUCUUCUAAAUUUCUGUAACACAGUAAAUGUAAAAAAUUUGAUAAAAUCCUUUGAAAAAUCUAACCUUUUCAAAACACCCAAUAUAUUUUGGAGCAAAUAUUAAAAAAUUUGUAUUUUUGUAUUGUAAUUUUUUGGCGAAUAA